AUGGACCCGGGAGUUGACCCGUUUGACCCGUUCCAGCCGUUCGACGGGCCCGGUGCAGUGACUCCUGGAGGUGACGAGGAGUCCUUCCGUGUUGCGGUGCACGAUCUCUCCGGUGCCCUGGUGGCGGACCUCUCCCUUGCUGGAAGCGCGCAGCCCGGAGAUUGCAAGGAGAUGAUUCGAAAGCUGGCUCUGCGCCACGAGCCGGACGACUGCAUGCAGCUGAUCCUGGAGAGUGGGGAGCCUUGGGUGGGCCAACUGUCGCUGAAGUCCCUCUUGAAG